UGUGUUUACUGAGUGGGGCUUUUGCAGGCUGGAGCUAAGAAUUUCCAAUAUGCGUAACAGCCACAGCCCAAAUAUCUGACAGUGGGUUGUGUAAUUCCCCAGAGCAGGCCUGGGCAGUGUCUGGGUGGGGCCUGGGAGCCACAGGAGACGCCCAAAGCCAGGCAGAGCCUGGGGGCGAGGGGGCGGCAGGCAGGUGUGGCGCUGGGUGUGGUCCAGGGCGGGCUUGCACCCCCACACCCAAGUGAGCAGCUUGCUCACUCCUCAGCUGCAGGAGACAGACGUGUGGAGUCCCAGCAGAGGCCAACCUGUGUCUCUUCAUCUCCCUGGGAAAGGUGCCCCUGAGGUGAAUGAGAUGGCCUGGUGGAAAGCCUGGAUUGAACAGGAGGGUGUCACAGUGAAGAGCAGCUCCCACUUCAACCCAGACCCUGAUGCAGAGACCCUCUACAAAGCCAUGAAGGGGAUCGGGACCAACGAGCAGGCUAUCAUCGAUGUGCUCACCAAGAGAAGCAACGCGCAGCGGCAGCAGAUCGCCAAGUCCUUCAAGGCUCAGUUCGGCAAGGACCUCACUGAGACCUUGAAGUCGGAGCUCAGUGGCAAGUUUGAGAGGCUCAUUGUGGCCCUUAUGUACCCGCCAUACAGAUACGAAGCCAAGGAGCUGCAUGACGCCAUGAAGGGCUUAGGAACCAAGGAGGGCGUCAUCAUUGAGAUCCUGGCCUCUCGGACCAAGAACCAGCUGCAGGAGAUAAUGAAGGCAUAUGAGGAAGACUACGGGUCCAGCCUGGAGGAGGACAUCCAAGCAGACACAAGUGGCUACCUGGAGAGGAUCCUGGUGUGCCUCCUUCAGGGCAGCAGGGAUGAUGUGAGCAGCUUUGUGGACCCGGGACUGGCCCUCCAAGACGCACAGGAUCUGUAUGCGGCAGGCGAGAAGAUUCGUGGGACUGAUGAGAUGAAAUUCAUCACCAUCCUGUGCACGCGCAGUGCCACUCACCUGCUGAGAGUGUUUGAAGAGUAUGAGAAAAUUGCCAACAAGAGCAUUGAGGACAGCAUCAAGAGUGAGACCCACGGCUCGCUGGAGGAGGCCAUGCUAACUGUGGUGAAAUGCACCCAAAACCUCCACAGCUACUUUGCAGAGAGACUCUACUAUGCCAUGAAGGGAGCAGGGACGCGCGAUGGGACCCUGAUAAGAAACAUCGUUUCAAGGAGCGAGAUUGACUUAAAUCUUAUCAAGUGUCAUUUCAAGAAGAUGUACGGCAAGACCCUCAGCAGCAUGAUCAUGGAAGACACCAGCGGCGACUACAAGAACGCUCUGCUGAGCCUGGUGGGCAGCGACCCCUGAGGCACAGAAGAACAAGAGCAAAGACCAUGAAGCCAGAGUCUCCAGGAUGCCUCAUUCAACCUCGGCCAUGGACGCAGGUCGGGUGUUGGGGGGGUCCCAGCCUUUCAGUCUUCUAUUUCUCUAUUUCCAGUGCUUUCCAGCCGGUUUCUGACCCAGAAGGUGGAACCGGCCUGGCCUCCUCUUCCCAACUUCCUCCAGGUCAUUUCCCAGUGUGAGCACAAUGCCAACCUUAGCGUUUCUCCAACCAGACAGAUGCCUUGGCAUGAAGGGCUUGGGGACUUGUGGGUCAUUCCUUCCUCCCUGCAGGAGCUUCCCAAGCUGGUCACAAUGUCUCCUGGGCACAAGUUAUACAGACCCCAGCCCCAUUCCCAUCUACCGAAAUAGGAUCUCCACAAGAGGGGCCAGGGAAUAUGGGUUUUUAACAAGCGUCUUACUGAUACGCUUCUCUAUCAGGCAGCCGGAGAGCUGGCUGGGAGCCCUUUUGUUUUAGAACACACAUCCUUCAGCAGCUGAGAAACAAAUACGUAUCCAUCCCAACCGAGAUGCCAUUAACAUUCAUCUAAAAAUGUUAGGCUCUAAAUGGAUGAAAAUUUCUCUCACCAUCUUAUUAACAAAAUAAACUACAAAUUCCUGACCCAAGAACACUGUGUUAUAAGAGGCGUGGGCUCCCCUGGUGGCUGACCAGGUCAGCUGCCCUGGCCUUGCACCCCUCUGCAUGCAGCACAGAAGGGCGUGACCAGGCCCUCAGCACCACUCUUGUCCCCACUGAACGGCAACUGAGACUGGGUACCUGGAGAUUCUGAAGUGCCUUUGCUGUGGCUUUCAAAAUAAUAAAGAUUUGUAUUCAACUCAAA